AUGGAGUUUGCUCGACGCGAGUUCGGUAAAGAAAAAUUUUGCUUCCCUAAGAAACUCGCUCCUAUGACGCUAUUAGUGUCUCCAUUCUGCAAAUGCCACAAUGUAGAAAAAAGAACACUUAUAUUUCCACCGACAAGUUUAUACGGGACGUUCGUAGCGAUCGCCGUGCCGCUCGACAUACCCGACAGAAACGUGUUCGUGUCGUACAACUUCGAGUCCAAUUACUCGGUCGUCACGAAUAUAACGCAGCUCGACGAAGUUAUAUUCCCUAACUUACCUGUAAUCGCAGCAAGGCACAGUCGCAGUAUCACCCGGGAGUUGGCAUACACGACCCUCGAAACCAAGUUCCAAGAACACGGGAUGAGCGGGCGCGAUUGCAUGUUGCGCAACAUCUGCGAGGCUGCCGAGACGCCGCUGCACCACAACGGUCUACUGGGACACAUCAUGCAUAUCGUCUUCACUCCAUCAUCAUCGAAAGAGGAGGGCUUAGACGACGAGUACUACGAGGCCGAAGCUGACGGACUGCGAGGCGAUUGCGACAAAUACCUAGACCUCUGCCCCUUCAGCCUGUUUGACGUUAUCACCAGGCUAGUCGAAAUGCAACAAAAACCGCUACAGGAUAAUUUAGUUUGAUUGGCUUUUU